UUCAACUGCGCAAGCGCAACAUAAAACCCUAACUCCAAAACCCUGAGCACUGUGAGUAGGCGGUGUUGGGUUAAAACCAUCUUCUUCUUCAUACCAUAGAAACCAAACAGAAGAAUAAGAAUUAUGGGCAUAUUUGAACCUUACAGAGCAAUCGGAUGCAUCACAAGCAGCGUCCCCUUCUCUGUUCAGAGACUCGGCACUGAAACUUUCGUUACUGUCAGCGUUGGAAAGGCUUUUCAGAUUUAUAAUUGUGCCAAGCUCAAUUUGGUUCUCGUUGGUCCUCAACUGCCGAAGAAGAUUAAUGCUCUUGCUUCCUAUCGCGAUUACACUUUUGCUGCGUAUGGAAACAACAUUGCAGUUUUCAAGCGUGCUCACCAGGUUGCAACUUGGAGCAAUCAUAAUGUUAAGGUUAAGCUGCUUCUGUUGUUCGGAGAUCAUAUUAUCAGUGUUGAUGUUCGUGGCAACAUGUUCUUGUGGGCAUUUAAGGGAAUUGAUGAGAACCUUGUUCCAUUUGGGCACAUAAUGCUAGGUGAGAAAUUUAGCCCCAGCUGCAUAAUGCAUCCGGACACUUACCUAAAUAAGGUUCUUAUUGGGAGUGAGCAAGGUCCUAUGCAGCUUUGGAACAUUAGCACAAAGAAAAAGAUUUUCGAGUUUAAGGGAUGGAAUUCACCCAUCUCCUGCUGUGUUUCAUCCCCUGCCUUAGAUGUUGUUGCAAUUGGCUGCAUAGACGGAAGGAUUCAUGUUCACAACAUUCGUUACGAUGAAGAGUUGGUUACAUUUACACAUUCUUCACGUGGUUCAGUGACCGCCUUAUCUUUCAGUACUGAUGGACAGCCUCUUCUAGCUUCAGGAGGUUCAUCUGGUGUUAUAAGCAUAUGGAAUCUGGAAAAGAAAAGGCUCCAGUCAGUUGUAAGAGAGGCUCAUGAUAGCGUGAUCACAUCACUACAUUUUUUUGCUAAUGAACCAGUGCUAAUGAGUUCAUCAGCAGACAACUCUGUUAAGAUGUGGAUUUUUGAUACAAGUGAUGGUGAUCCUCGUCUCUUGCGGUUUCGAAGUGGGCAUAGUGCCCCUCCCCUUUGCAUAAAGUUUUAUGCCAAUGGAAGACAUAUUCUAUCAGCAGGUCAGGAUCGCGCCUUUCGUCUUUUCUCUGUAGUUCAGGAUCAACAAAGCAGGGAGCUUUCUCAACGGCAUGUUUCUAAACGAGCUAAGAAACUGAAAGUGAAGGUGGAAGAAAUAAAAUUAAAGCCUGUGAUUGCAUUUGAUUGUGCCGAAAUUAGAGAACGUGAUUGGUGCAACGUGGUUACUUGUCAUAUGGAUACUGCCCAGGCAUAUGUUUGGAGACUUCAAAAUUUUGUUCUUGGUGAGCAUGUAUUGAAUCCAUGCCCUGAAAAUCCAACACCUGUAAAGGCUUGUGCCAUCAGUGCUUGUGGCAAUUUUGCCUUUCUAGGGACAGCAGGUGGUUGGAUUGAAAGGUUUAACCUUCAAUCUGGAAUUAGCAGGGGUACUUACAUUGACUUGUCAGAAUCAAGAAGUUGUGCUCAUGAUAGUGAAGUAGUUGGAGUUGCUUGUGACUCAACAAAUACUCUCAUGAUAAGUGCAGGAUACCAAGGAGAUAUAAAGGUUUGGAAUUUCAAAGAACGUGAUCUUAAAUCAAGAUGGGAGAUUGGUUGUUCUGUUGUUAAGAUUGUUUACCAUCGUUAUAAUGGUCUCCUGGCUACAGUAGCAGAUGAUUUAACAAUUCGAUUGUUUGAUGUCGUGGCUCUUAGACUUGUUCGUAAAUUUGAAGGCCACAAAGAUCGUAUAACAGAUUUGUGCUUCAGUGAUGAUGGGAAGUGGCUUCUGUCAUCUAGUAUGGAUGGAAGUCUUAGAAUUUGGGAUGUAAUCUUAGCAAGACAGAUAGAUGCAAUACAUGUUGAUGUACCUAUCACAGCAUUAUCUCUGUCCCCAAACAUGGAUAUAUUAGCAACUACCCAUGUUGAUAAAAAUGGAGUAUACCUAUGGGUAAACCAGUCGAUGUUCUCUAGUACUUCAAAUGUAGAUUCGUACGCAAGUGGAAAAGAGGUUGUGAGUGUCAAGUUGCCAUCUAUCUCUUCUGCAGAACGUUCUCGAGAUGAGCAUUCUGAUGAGCUGGUGAAUGCAUCUCAACCUAAAGAUGCACUGGAUUUUCCAACUCAAGAUAAGCAAAUACCGGAAUUAGUUACACUUUCACUACUGCCUAAGAGCCAGUGGCAGAACUUGAUCAAUUUGGACAUUAUAAAGGUUCGCAAUAAGCCUAUUGAGCCUCCGAAAAAACCUGAAAAAGCUCCAUUCUUCUUGCCUUCCGUUCCAUCCCUCUCUGGGGAAAUAUUGUUCGAGUCUGAUAAGUUAUCAUUAAAGGAGAACAAUGGAACAGAUGAUGAAAACCAAAUGAAGAAGACAAGAUUAGAUAUGCCACAAUCACGUUUUCUGUAUCUUCUUCAAAGCUCAAAAGAGACAGACAAUUAUGCAGCAUUCACUGAUUAUAUUAAAGGAUUAUCUCCAUCAACUCUGGAUAUGGAGCUUCGAAUGUUUCAGAUCAUUGAUGAUGAUGAUGAUGGUGAUCAACAAAAAGCAGAGAAGAGACCUGAGUUGCUAUCAAUAGAACGGCUUCUAGAUUAUUUUAUUCAUGAGCUUUCCUCAAGAAAUAAUUUUGAGUUUCUACAAGCUGUCAUCAGGUUAUUUUUGAAGAUACAUGGUGAGACAAUUCGGCAGCAGUCAAGCUUGCAAGAAAAGGCAAGGAAGCUUCUAGAUAUUCAGUGCAUGGUAUGGCAGAGGGUAGAUAAAUUAUUUCAAAGUUCUAGGUGUGUGGUUGCGUUUCUUAGUAAUUCCCAAAUUUAGGUGACGAACCUUCAACUUGCAAAUGGCGACCCUCGAGUGAUAGCAAAGACAAAGAAAAUGAAAACAAAAUAUUGAAUUAGUGAUGGCAAGCAUUUGUUCUUGCAUCUUUCCGUUGGAUUGUUAGAAAAGUCAGGGCAGCAAAUUUGUUAAAAGAUGGUGAUGAGUUUUUGUAUUAUCAUUGUCAAUUUUUGAGGGUGAUCUUGACGAGGAAUUCUUGUAACGGGAUAAAAUAGUAUGGUGUGCACAACAUGCCUGAGCCUUUUUUGUAACGCGAAUUUGUAUCACAGCCAAAUUGCAAUUUACAUUAUUCAUCUGUGCUUUAUUUAAUAGAAAUUUACAAGCGUUUA